UUUGCAAUUAGUAAAAAGCGGGUCUUUUGAGUAAAUUUAUUUCUCUUUUUGAUAAAAAGUAAUUUAGAAAAUUUUCAAUAAAAUUAAUAAAUCCAAAUAAAAAUGACUAAGGUAAUGCAAAGAAAACCGGGCCCCAAAUCUGUUAAACAAAGUAAAAUAUUUAAUAAACGUGGCACUUUAGGCGAAACCAGUGCGGAAUCCUCCGAAGAGGAUGACAGCAGUCCAGAACAAACUUUGGAUAACAAGACUCAACAACAAGCUGCCAUAACACCAGAAUCUCGAAUUAUAAGUAGAUCCCAUAUAGAGGCAGGAAAUGCUUCAGAAUUUCGUACACCCGAUACGGAAAAUGAUGUCACCGAUUAUGGUUUAGAAUUUACCACCAGCCACAUACAAAAUCCCUCACCAAGAAGAUGUUCUACCUUAAGAACGGCUCCUAGUUCACAGGAGGAAUUGCAAAGUGGCAUGCACAAUAGUAAAUCAGUAAUUAAAGCAAAUGAAACUCCACGCUCUGCCCUUGUCAAAACACCAACGCCUUCAGAAAAAACAAAACCAGUCAAGAAAGCUAACACCAAACAAAAGAAACUUAAAGGUACACCAAAACCUAAAGAACCGCUUUCAAGUGCCAAAGAGACUCCUGCUGAUAAAACAGAAACUACGCAACAACAACAAGUCGCUAGGAAACCACGAAAACGACCUAAUCCCAUGCAAUUGGAAAAACGUUUCUGGAAAGAUGUACAAAAUCUCCAAAAUAGAACAGACCAUCUUAUACCUAUGCUGCCAUUUUCACGUUUAGUAAGAGAACUUAUGCAUGAUGCCUCUACGGAAGUAUUUAAAAUAACACCCACUGCAUUAGAGGCUCUACAGACAUCAUCGGAAUUGUAUUUGACACAACGUCUGCAGGAUGCCUAUAUGUUGACGCUGCAUAGGGGAAGAGUGACACUGGAUGUUAAGGAUAUGGAAUUGAUAAAUUAUUUGAAAAUUAAUUUAUAAUAUUAACAGUUAAUGUUUAGAUUAAAGUUAAAAAAUAGAAAAAAAUCACCAACAAUUCAGUUUUUUUAUUAAUAUUUUUUUACACAUAAAUGUUUUCCAUGUUGUAAUAAUUGUAUUCUUUUUUUAUUAUUUU